GUUUUCGUUACUCGUCUCGUUGACCGGUUAGUUUCUGUUCUUUCUAGAUCUAGACUCAAAUCAAACUCAAGCUAUUUUCAGUAUUUUCUAUUAUAUUCUUAUUGAGUAAAUUCAGUUCAGUAAUCAUUUCCAUUUUUCUUCGUUCAUCUGUUGGAUUGCCGGUUGUUUAGUUGUCUCUCCUUUAGGUAAGUGUAAACAAUGUAUAUUUUAUAUUCAUAAUCAUAUAAUGACUACAUAGUGAUUAAGACAUUGCUGUAGAAUAGUGAAUUUUUAUUAUUUCUAUAUUCCAGAAUCAUGUCUAGUGUUGUAUGGAACUUUUUCAAAAAAAUAGACAAACAAAAUGUCUCCUGCAACCUUUGUGGAAAAAAUUACAAAAGUAGUGGAAACACAUCGAAUUUAUCAGCUCACUUGAAGAGCAAACAUCACUAUGCGUUCGUGCAAAUUAAGACCUCAAACUCAAGGACAAGGGGAGCGAAUAAAUUGCAAAGUUCAGAGGAUUCAGAAACUAUUGAACCUCAUCCAAAACGAGUAGCACAAGCACAUCCAGGUACAGCUAUAGCAGGCUGUUCAUUUACAAGAGGUUCCACUAUGGCUAGUACUACCAGUAGUACUAGUACCAUCUCUAUCUCUACCGAGGCACCUGCUGAUACAGAGGAAUGUCCUGAAUCUGGGAAUAAUGAUGAUACUACUACUGAAGAAAAUCAGAAUAGAGAUGUGUGGAAACAGGCCACACUUAUGGAUGUAUUGGAAAGAAGUUCUAGUUAUGAAGGUAUUUUUCAAUGAUAUUAAUAUUACUAUAUUGUUUAUAUAUUAGCCCUAUUCUUUAUGUUCUGAUUUUAUUAUUUUGCAAUUCAUUUGGUGGUCAAAAAAGCAGCCAAAUAAAUCAAGCCUUGAUUUAUAUGAUUUGCAAGGACCAUAUGCCCCUAUCCUGUGUGGAAAAAUGUGUAUUUAAGAAGCUAAUGAGUGUCACUUGUCCACGGUAUAAAAUUCCAUCAAGAUCGACUGUAAGCCAACAACAAUAUUGAAUAUUAUAUCAUAUUUAUUUUGUCAUUCAUUUCUCAUUACACAUAACUGGCUUACUCGAACAAAGGUAUGCCACCACAAAAGCAAUACUUAUGAGGAAAUUGAGUGAAGUGAAGAAUAUCGCCCUAACAAGCGAUAUAUUAACACUCACUAACUCGACAAGGAGUUUUAUUGUGAUGACGACCCAUUUUUUGAAUACUGUGGAUGACUGCAUUCCGGAACAAGAAAUGGUGACAUUGACAGCACAGAGAAUGUAUCAGGUAAAAGAUAAGAAAAGAAUAAUGUAAAUAUUAUAAGACCUGCUUGCCACUAAGCUAAAUUCAGAACUAAAUUCAGCAUACUGAGAAGAGGCUGUAAGUUGUGAACUAAAACUGGAUUUCUUUCUUCUGUAGGCACAUACAGCAGAUUAUAUUGAAGAAUGUUUUGAAAACAUCACCCAAGAAUUCAAAAUAGAAAAAAACACAUUCUGUCAAUAACAACAGAUGGUGGGGCAAACAUAGUGGCUGCUGUGAAGCAGU